AUGACCACUCACACAAUCGUCAUCAUCGGCGCUUCGUUCGCUGGCCUUAAUGUUGCCCACAACCUGCUGAAGACUGUCAUUCCCCAACUGUCUAAUGGAGAGAAAAAGGCCUACAAGCUCGUCCAGAUUGCCCCCAACGACGAGUUCUUCUGGAAGAUUGGCGCCCCCAGAGUGAUCGGAAACCCGCAGUCGCUACCGCUCGAGAAAGCUCUCAUCCCCAUUGGCCCCAGCUUCAAGGCCUACUCGAAGGAGCAAUACGAGUUCAUCAAAGCCUAUGCUACUUCGAUCGACCCUGCAAGCCGAACUGUUCACACCAGCACCUCAGAUGCCGUACAUUACGACUCCCUCGUCAUUGCUUCCGGUACCAGCUUUGCCACCCCCCUGUGGUCCGUCUCCGAUGGCUCCGAGCCUCUGAAGGCCGCAAUCAGCGAGAUUCACAAAAAGAUCCCCGACGCACAAUCCAUCGUGAUUGCCGGUGGAGGCGCUGCGGGUGUCGAGACUGCAGGCGAGUUUGGUGAAGUGUACGGAAAGAAGAAGGAAAUCACACUUUUAUCUGGAAGUACCUCCCUCCUUCCCAGACUUCACAACAAGAAGAUGGGCCAGGAUGCUCAGUCUCGGCUUGAGAAGAUGGGAGUCAAGGUUGUCAACGACAGUGUCCGAGUGGUUGAGCACACCACACAAGAUGGAAAGGAGGUGCUGAAAUUGAGCAAUGGCGAGACCAAGACGGUCGACAUCUAUAUUGAAGCUACUGGUGACAAGCCAAACAGCAAAUUCGUCCCUCAGGAGUGGCUGGACAAUGCGCAGAGGGUUAAGACGGACCCCCACACUCUCCGUCUGGAUGUCCCCGGUGUUACAGGCGUAUACUGCAUUGGGAGCGUCGCCAGCUAUGCAGAUGGCUCCAUCCUCGACGUCAAGUUUGCAGCACCAGCUGUUUUGGAGAGCAUUAAACUGGACCUUCAAGGCAAAGGUGGCCCUCGCACCAACAAAAUCUACAAGAAGAUUACUAGCGACAUGCAAUUCGUCCCUAUUGGUUCUCAAGGGGGUGUUGGUGUUGUCUUCGGGUUCAAGCUUCCCAGCUUCCUGGUCAGGAUGGCCAAGGCCAAGGACUUCAUGAUUGGCAAUGCUAUUAAGACGGUUGAAGGCACUGCUUGA